ACAAAUCGCUGGAGUUAGCUAACCACAGUGAGCACGGAAACAUGAAAGUAGACAACAGUUUUAGUCUACAGUUAUCAUUUUCCCCAUUAGCUACAGCUUAUUAAAGUUAUAUUAACAAGCAAGCUGAUUACACAGUGUGAGUACAGAAUAAGCAAAAUCCGAAAGAAAUGUUGACAGUCAACACUGUGGUAAGACCUAUACAGUCUAUGGAUUCAAACAUGACUGGCAGGAAUUUACCUGAGUGGAUGUCAAAGAGCGAUGUGACUGAAAAAGAUGCACAUAAACAGGUUCAAACAGGACUCUAUAAAACAAAUCUCAUCGACAAUGACCUACCGUAUCUGGAGUUUACUGGCACAGUCAUUUUUAGCCAGGAGAAAAAUGACUGCUGCUUUCUGUCUGAGGAUUUAAGGUCUAGUCUUUCCCCUGGCUCAGCUGUGGGCUUUGACAUAGAAUGGCCUCCUUCAUUUACAAAAGGCCAAAAGAAGAAAGUGGCCUUGGUCCAGCUGUGUGUUUCUGAGGAGAAAUGUUACCUUUUUCACAUCUCCGCCAUGUCAGGAUUUCCAACUGGCUUGAAGAUAUUUCUGGAGGAUGAGAACAUCCGAAAAGUUGGUGUUGGCAUCCAAGGAGACAUGUGGAAGCUACUCUCGGACUUUGACGUCAAACUGAAGAAUAUUGUGGAGCUCGGAGACAUGGCGAAUGAAAGACUGCUAUGUGGUGAGAAGUGGAGCCUGGAUGGCCUGGUUAAGCACCUAUUUAAGAAAAGGCUGUUCAAACAGAAUGAUGUGCGCUGCAGCAGUUGGGAUGACUUUGGGUUGUCGGAAGAGCAAAAAAGAUACGCAGCUACAGAUGCUUAUGCUGGCCUGAUCAUUCAUAACAAACUGUGUGCUAUGGACCCUGCGGUCCUUUGUCAGUCCAACCUUAAGGACAAACUGUCUCAAAUGGCCUGUGAAAUGGCAGCGUUAGCUGGCCGCAUCCCAGAGGAAGGCAUUGACAUCAACAGGCUUGGGCUGUUAGUGGAGCACCUGUACGUUAGCUUCAGCGCCCUAAGAGAUCUGCUGUCGACUACUGGAUCUUUGUCUCGCGAUUUCCCAGUGUGCAAGAUCGUCAGUCCUGACAGAACAGACACUACUAAUGGGACACGCAUCCGUGAUCAAGGCGUAUCGGGAGAAGGCAAUGAACCGAAUUACUCAGGGAUAGACCAUGUUAACGUUCCUCAACCCACGGAGGAUGCCAGCAAACCCAACGGCGUUAGAAUUCCUGAACACUUGGAAAAUGCCAGCAAACACACUAACUAUGGAAAAGACUGCAUCAUGUCCCUGGAUAUCUCGGAGUAUGAGCUUGAAGCUGUCAAGAUGCAGGCCAGACUGGAAGAUCUGGAGGAACAGUGGACUCAGGAGUGCCAGGAGACGGAGAGAAGUGCCACGAAUCGCUCCGCUGACCUUUCGUACGAAGUUGAGAGUGACGAGGAGCUUGAGAGUGAGAUGCUGCAGUGUGCAGAGGAAAUGGAGAGGUUGAGUCAAGAGAAGCAAAUGGAGCCUGAGAAAACACCCCCAGGCCCAGAGGAGGAGGAGGAGGAGGACAUAGAAGAGGAACAGGAGGAAGAGUUUGAUCCAUCUCUUCCAGAGCCUCUUCCGGAACAAAUUAAGUGUCUAAAGAUGUAUUUUGGACAUAGUCGCUUCAAGCCAGUUCAGUGGAAAGUAAUUAACUCCGUUCUGCAGGAGAGACGAGACCACCUUGUUGUCAUGGCAACAGGCUAUGGGAAAAGUCUGUGCUUCCAGUUUCCCCCAGUCUACUGUGUUGGCAUCAGUAUUGUAAUCUCUCCUCUCAUCGCUCUCAUGGAGGACCAAGUGCUCCAGCUUGAAAUGUCCAACAUUCCGGCUUGUUAUCUCGGCUCGGCUCAGACCAAAGAUGUUUUAUCUGGCCUGAAACUGGGGCAAUACAGAGUUGCGUACAUGACCCCAGAGUACUGCUCGGGCAACGUCUCUCUGCUUGUUCAGCUCAAUCAGAGUAUAGGUAUCUCUUUGAUAGCCGUGGAUGAGGCUCAUUGCAUCUCCGAGUGGGGCCAUGACUUCCGGGGGGCGUACCAGAGCCUGGGCAGCCUGAAGAGAGCUCUGCCUGACGUUCCCAUCGUGGCGCUAACAGCCACUGCCAGCCCCUCCAUCAGGGAGGACAUAGUGAAGAGCCUGAACCUGGAGCGCCCCGUGGUUACCUGCACCUCCUUCGACAGACCCAACCUUUACCUGGAAGUCAGCCGCAAGUCUGGGGGCAUCGUUCAGGACAUGAAGGGCUUCCUGAAGAAGGCAGCGGGAGGUGAUUAUGCGUUUGAAGGGUCCUCCAUUGUCUAUUGCCCCUCGAGGAAAGAGGCGGAGCGUGUGUCCAGCACCCUGAGCUCGCUGGGCAUUGCGUGCGGCGUGUACCAUGCCGGUCUGGGGAUCCGAAAGAGGAGGGAGACCCAGCAUCGCUUCAUGAGGGAUGAAAUCCAGUGUAUCGUGGCUACAGUUGCUUUUGGAAUGGGGAUCAACAAGCCUGACAUCAGGAAGGUCAUCCACUACGGUGCCCCUAAAGAGAUGGAGUCAUAUUACCAGGAGAUUGGGCGGGCCGGGAGAGACGGGCUACCUAGUGCCUGCCACGUCUUGUGGGCGCCAGCGGAUCUACAAUUAAACAGGUUCCUCAUUAAUCAGGUAGCAAACAACAGAUUCCGUGGGUACAAGCUCAAAAUGAUGGGAAAAAUGGACCAGUAUCUCAACUCCUCCAAGUGUAGAAGGAAACUGAUCCUCUCCCACUUCGAAGACAAGCAGCUUCGGAAAGUCACCUCUGGCAUCAUGGGAACCGACAAGUGUUGUGACAACUGCCGUUCUGGGGCGGUCAACAGAGUCACUUUCACCGACAUGGUGGGUGGUGGGUGUGAAGACUAUGGUGUGUUGGCUUUCCAGUUGAUGGGAGCCAUCAGUGCUAUGGGGGAGAGAUUCGGCUCUUCAGCCCCGAUCCUGUUUCUGCGUGGAUCUUACUCUCAGAGGGUCCCUGAGAAGUACCGGCAGCACCCUCUGUUUGGAGCGGGCAAGAAUGUUUCGGAGGCCUGCUGGAAAGCCCUGACACGGCAUCUGGUGAAUGAGGGCUACCUGAUGGAAGCCACUGGCGCCUCCAAAUUCUGCAUCCUCUGCAAAAUCACCCAAAAGGGGAGGACGUGGCUCAGACAAGCGCUGAAUGAGAAACACAGAACCCUUCUGCUCCAGUCGGUUGACACAGACCUCAACGCCUGGUCUGCACUAAGACAACGACAGGGCCUGGCGUCUGCCGCCACUAAUAGCAGGAGUGGACUGUCAUCAGACCCACAGAACAACGGGCUACAGGUCUAUUCUAAACCAGACAACAGCAAAGCUCUCCUGAAGUCAGACAUUUCAUCGGGCAGUGACAGGAUGACGACUAAGUCCUCGACUCAGAAGGCAGUGUCCAAACCACAGCCACUUCCAAUCUCCCCCAGAGAGCUGGAACUGCAGACAAUGUUGUACGCCAAGCUUGUUGCUGAACGACAGAAACUAUCCAGCGAGAAGGACAUCCCGCCGGCCAUUCUGGCCACCAACAAAAUCCUUCUGGACUUGGCCAGGAUCAGGCCAUGCACCGUGUCCAGUCUAAAGCAGGUGGACGGCGUGUCCGAGGCAAAGUCCAGCAUGCUCGAGCCCCUCCUCAAAGCCAUAGCGUGUUUCUGUGCCGUCCAUGGGCUUGCGGUAGACUCUCCAGCUCCGGCUGAGGUUCCAGGUCCAGAGACUGUGACGGCCCGGCCCAGACCCUCCCCGUUACCCAACAGCAUUGCCAUCACCUACCGACUCUUCCAGGAGGAGGGCAAGAGCAUGACGCAGGUGAGCGACGUGCGGAGUCUACCCAUGGCCGUUUUGGAGUAUCAGCUAAUCCAGGCCUUCCGGGCCAACCAUCCCCUGGACACGGAGAGAGCGGGCCUAACCGCGGCAUUACAAACCACCAUCACCAGUAUCAUCUGUUCACACCCCAUCAACUCCGAGCUCGGUGACAUUAGGGCUAUUCGAGCCUGGGUCCCAGAGCACAUCCCCACCUUCCUAAUCCAGUUGACUGUGGAGUUGCUGCGGAGAGAGGGAAUGCCCACAGCGCCACCUGGUGUUUCAAAGAGCCAACAGCAGCCUGAGCUCACCUGGAUAGAACCUGAGUACAAUCUGGUGAGAAAAACCUCUGUCCACAAGCCGGUGAAGACAGAAAACAUUCCACCCCCACCUGCCCCGGUCCAGCCUGGCCCCGUUCAACCACACGUCCGGACUGCAAUCCCUGACGACGUGGGGAAAAGCCAGGACAUGAGUAUGGAAGAGGAUGACCUAUUCCGGGAUCUCCCAAUGCCUGAGGAAAUGGGUCAUGGUUCCCGAUGUGGUUCUGCUGUCCCUGAUGCCCACAAGGCCGCCCCGCGGACCAGUGAGGUGGACCUGGACCCUGGCGAGGGGGGACCCCUGGACAAGGACACACAGGAACUCUUCAGUGACUCCCCCCCUAUGAUUGUUAGUCAGCCGAUGAAGAGAAAACUGCCGGACUGGAUAGAAAAUCCAAGGGGCUCAACUUCUUCUGCCUGCACAAAGAAAACCAAAAAGAAGAAAGGCCUUUUUUCAUGACUGACCAGCAAGUAAUAUUCUUUCUGACCAGUUAUUUUGUUUUUUUUCUAAUCAUAAAAUUAAAGUUGUUAAUUUGCCACUUAACAAUGUGAAAAGCACUUUACAUGCAUAAUAAUAUUUUGAAAUAAAAAUUAAACUCAA